AUGGGACGAAUUAAGAAGAAGGGAGUUGCUGGCCAAGCCAAGAACUUCAUCACCAGAACCCAAGCCGUGAAAAAGCUACAGAUCAGUCUACCAGACUUCCGAAAACUCUGCAUCUGGAAAGGAAUCUAUCCCCGCGAGCCUCGAAACAAGAAGAAAGCGUCCAAAUCUUCAAGCGCAUCGACUACCUUCUACUACACCAAAGAUAUCCAAUAUCUCCUUCACGAGCCGUUGCUGCAGAAGUUCCGCGAACAGAAAACCCUUGAGAAGAAGAUCUCGAAAGCUUUGGGUAGAGGAGAUGCUCACGAUGCCUCGAGAUUGGAGCGCAAUGCGUCGAGACCAGAAAAGACCGGAAAGACGAAAUAUACCCUCGAUCAUGUUAUCCGGGAACGAUAUCCAACUUUUGUUGAUGCGCUCAGAGAUUUAGAUGAUUGUCUUUCCAUGUUGUUCCUCUUUGCCAACCUCCCAUCCACGCCUACAGUUCCCGCCAAGAUAAUCGCAAAAUGCGAGCGUUUAUGUUUGGAGUUUGAGCACUACUUGAUUGUGUCAAAUAGCCUGCGAAAGUCGUUCCUUUCAAUCAAGGGAAUUUACUACCAGGCGACCAUUCAAGGCCAAGAUAUUCUAUGGCUUGUUCCAUACAGGUUCAACCAAAGAGUCACUGGAGAUGUUGAUUUCAGAAUUAUGGGAACCUUUGUCGAGUUUUACCAAACUCUUUUGGGAUUUGUCAACUUCCGUCUCUACACAUCUGUUGGACUAGUUUACCCUCCCAAAUUUGAUGCGAUCAAGGACGACCAGGGUGCCGAAUUGGGCGCAUUUUCGUUGGAGGGAAACAGCGUUGGUGCCAUUCAACAGCCAAAGCAGAUCACAAAUGGAAAAAAUGCGGCACCCAACCCACGACUUCAGGCAGAAAUCGAUAAACUCAUUUCACAGUUGAACAAUGGCGAGAAGGAAGACAAAGAUAUGACUAAUGCUCCAACAGGUGAAGAUGAGGAGGAGGCUACAGAGACAAUGGACAAAUUUGAGCCUGCAGCACCAGGUGGCGAUAUUCUACCCCAGCCCUCAUAUUCGGCAACUGAUCCGUCGACUCUUUUUUCCAACUUCACAUUUUUCCUUUCGCGAGAAACGCCCAGACAGCCAAUUGAAUUCAUCUUACGAGCUUUUGGCUGUAAGCGCAUUGGUUGGGACGCGGUGCUGGGUGAGGGCGCAUAUACACAUAAUGAGUUGGAUCCAUCGAUCACUCAUCAAGUCGUUGAUCGUCCUCCAAUACAAGUCGACCCGGAUACUGAGGAGGCCGGUGAUAAUCAGACGGCGCAAAAGUUACAACGAGGAGCACGAGUACCAGGCAGAAUCUAUAUUCAGCCCCAAUGGAUCUGGGAUUGUGUUAAUGAUGAAGAAUUAAAAAGACCUGAUCUGUUUGCUCCAGGAGCUCAAUUGCCACCGCAUCUCAGUCCAUUUGUCAAGAAGGUCCGUGGUCAAUACGAUCCGAGCGCGCCACUCAAUGAGCAGGAACGCGAGGACGAGGAAUUGGAGGUCGAGACUGACGAUGAGCUUGAGGCGGAUGAGGAUGACGACGAAGAAUUGGCAGUUCAGAAACCCACAUCCAUCGUAGAUGAGGAAGUUGAUACCACAGCUGCGGGUAUGGAUGUAGCUGGGUCUGAGGAUGAUGAUGAAGAAAGCGACGCCGCACCCGAGUCAUUUGGUGGUUUCUCUGAAGCUGAAGAAGAGUCGGAAGACGAAACUACCUCGGCUGCUCUACGAAGACAGCGCGAAUUGGAGGCUGAGUUAACUGGUGUCCAACUUGAGGAGAAGGUCAUUGAUCCACGAACCAAAGCCAAGGCAGAUGCCAAGAAUAAGGCAGCAAAGAAGGCGAAAGAAGAGGAUGAAGAAAAUGAGAGAGCCAAGAUGAUGAUGAGCCGCAAGAAGCGGAAGAUUUAUGAGAAGAUGGCAUACAGUAAUAAGAAGAAAGACGCUGAGGCAGAGGGUCUUCGACACAAGAGGAGAAAACUUGAAAAGUCUGGGAAAGCUGCGCCUAGAGAGUGA